GCCCGGGCGGCUCGGCCGGGAGGAGGGCAGGGCGGUGCCGCCUAAUCCUCAGGCCCUCUCCCGGAGCGCCGCUGGGGGUGGAACCGCGAUCAGCCGAGCCCUGGGGCUCUGGCCUCCGCGACGUUCAGCUGCCCCACCGGAGGUAAAGAAGAUUUGAGUUUGCAGUCCUCAGCUGGGAACGGCUUUGUGUUUUGGCCCUUUUUUGCCCAGGCGGCUUAGACAGAGUAGUUCAUGGCAAAUCUUAUAAUUAAGCAUGGAAUAUGGAAAACAAAACACUUCAGCUGGUACUUUAGUCUUAUGUGAAAUUCUACAGGCAUGUGUCUUAUAAGCAGUAUAUAGCAGAAUUUUAAGCCAGUCUGAGAGUCUCUGUUUUUCAGUAGAAAUUGCAAGCAUUAUUUUGACUGCUACUUGCUAUCAAAUGCUCAGUUGGUGAAAUUGGAGGUCUUUCACUCAGAAGAGAAAAACCAGGAAAGAAGUGCAGAGAUGAAGAAACUGGGGCUUCCAGAGAGAAAUAACAUGCCCCGAGCUUGCCCUGGUUGGUAAAGAACAGAGUUGGAUUUGGACUCUAGUCUUCACCUUUGGAGCCACCUGUGUUGUUUCUCUGGGAACUGGCUGGGUGAUGGCAUACUAAGCGGAUCUUUGAUAAAUCUUCCAGAACCCGAGGCUUGCAUGCUUCUGAGCGUCUGUGAAUGGCCCCGGCACUCCUGACCACUCUUCCGGCUAGGAUGUCACUCAGAUCCCUGAAAUGGAGCCUCCUCCUGCUGUCGCUGCUGAGUUUCCUGGUGAUGUGGUACCUCAGCCUGCCGCAUUACAAUGUGAUAGAGCGUGUGAACUGGAUGUACUUCUAUGAGUAUGAGCCCAUUUACAGACAAGACUUCCGCUUCACACUGCGAGAGCAUUCCAACUGCUCUCAUCAAAACCCAUUUCUUGUCAUCCUGGUGACGUCACACCCCUCAGAUGUGAAAGCCAGGCAGGCCAUUAGAGUUACCUGGGGUGAAAAGAAGUCUUGGUGGGGAUAUGAAGUUCUUACAUUUUUCUUAUUAGGCCAACAGGCUGAAAAGGAAGACAAAGUGUUAGCAUUAUCCUUAGAGGAUGAACACCUCCUUUAUGGGGACAUAAUACGACAGGAUUUUUUAGACACAUACAAUAAUCUGACCUUGAAAACCAUAAUGGCGUUUAGGUGGGUAACUGAGUUUUGCCCCAACGCCAGGUAUAUCAUGAAGACAGACACUGAUGUUUUCGUCAAUACUGGCAAUUUAGUGAAGUAUCUUUUAAAUUUAAACCACUCAGAGAAGUUUUUCACAGGUUAUCCUCUAAUUGAUAAUUAUUCCUAUAGAGGAUUUUACCAGAAAACCCAUAUUUCAUACCAGGAAUAUCCCUUCAAGGUGUUCCCGCCUUACUGCAGUGGGUUGGGUUAUAUAAUGUCCAGAGAUUUGGUGCCGAGAAUCUAUGAAAUGAUGAGUCACGUAAAACCCAUCAAGUUUGAAGAUGUUUAUGUUGGGAUCUGUUUGAAUUUAUUAAAAGUGGACAUUCAUAUUCCAGAAGACACCAACCUUUUCUUUUUAUAUAGGAUCCAUUUGGAUGUCUGUCAGCUCAGGCGUGUGAUUGCAGCCCAUGGCUUUUCUUCCAAGGAAAUCAUCACAUUUUGGCAGGUUAUGCUAAGGAACACCACGUGUCAUUAUUAAUUUGACAUUCUACCCAAGCCUAGAGAAGGGAGGGAUACUUUGUGGAAAGUGUUAACGUUAGACUAUGAAAUCGCCAAUGAAAAACCCAUGAGAAGGUCACUGUGUGGCUUACACAAAGCUGAAACUCAUGUAGAGCCUAUAGACUGGAGACUGGAGGGUUGCACUUGGCCUGUGGUUUAUUAUGACAACAAUCAAGUCAAGCCUUUUAAAAGUGAUAUUCAGAGGAAUUAAAAUCUUAUAAAGGAAUGGGAAGUUUUUUUUAAAUAAAACUAAUAGGGCCAAACAGUUUGAACAUGUCAUUCUACAGACUAGAGCUUCUUAAAUGGGUUUCAUUGAAUUAUAAGCUCAUUUAUCCAUAACAACAAAACAGUGUGCAGUAUUAUUCAUGAGGCAUCUAGUCAGUUCAGGGUUUUGUGUAUAUCUUCAUAGAUUACUAGUUUUUUUAAAUACACAGUUCUGUGUAAAAGAAACUGAAGUUAUUUCUGAACAAAGUUUAAUCUGUUUUUGGUCAUUUGGAAGAUAUUUCAAGAUGUUGCAGUAUUAAAGAGUUAUUAAUUAUUAUUUAAUAAUACUUAGAGUUUUACACUUUAUGGAUGUUUGAAUGUUUUGGUUUCAAUACUGCAUAAACAGAAUAAACUUUUUUUCCAGUUACUUCAGUGAUGAAUUUAUGGUGAAUAGCUCCGUUAAUGUGUUCUCAUUAUUGUAUAUCAAUAAUCUCUUGGACUUUGAUAAAUAUUUCAUUGUGGUAAUGUAGAGAAGAAUUAAAGCAAGAAUAAGAAAAUUAUUGUCUUGUUUUUAAAAACAUAAUCCCUGGUAUUUUUAGAUGCCACUUCAUUUGUCUCAUUUUUCUGCCUGGAAAUUUGGAGUAAUAUAGAAUGCCAGGUAGCAUGUUUCCUUUCAGAAAGGACUCUGAAGCCAAAAAAGAACGAACGAACAUGAUGGCCAGAAUAUCAUGAAAAGGAGUAUCGUAUUUCAGUGCUUGAGUUGGAAAGAGAAGACUAAUUGAGUUGCAGUUAACUGUUCCAUGUUUUUUUCAUUAACAAUCAGUUUGAGAAUAAAAAAGAAUAAAGAAAAAAA